GCGGCACGCUCUUGAACACGAUCGUCCACCACGGCCAAUCGACAUUAUACACCUUUCGCUCAGGUUGCAGCAUCGAUUCCUGUACAAGUACCAUCCUUCGUGGAUGCAAUCAUGGCUGCAGCAACGUCCAUUCCGCAACACAAAAUUAGUGAAUCGCCGAACUCUCGUACCAUUGAGAUCGGCGACUGGCGUAUAACUGCCCAAACGAACCCUAUCUCAAAUGCUGGUGAAUGUGGUGCAUUGCAAGCCGUUCUCACAGGGAUGCCCCUUCCCGAAAUGACUUUCGGUAAUAAUUCGUUGGAGUUAGAGCAUAUACCCAGUCAGUGGAAAUACAGCUUUAGAGCGCAGGAUGCCUUGAAAGCUGUAAAAUUCGGCGAGCUCCAGGAGGGCGAUGGAGGUGUGAAGGUAGGGUACUCGGAAGCCUGGUUGAGGAGCCGCACAGGCCCAUUGACCGAUUUGCCAAUGCCAAAGACAAUGACUACCAAGCCCUAUGAUUGGACCUACACCACGACUUAUUCUGGGCACCAAGAAUCCUCAGAUAUCUCAUGGCAAGCCGCCGAUUCUGACAAUACUUCGCACACAAUACCACUGGCCGAACUAACUCGUCAGGAUCCGAUAUUAUUCUACGCCGAGAUUCCUCUCUUCGAGGACGAACUUCACGAUAAUGGCGCGUCACAUCUUCUGGUACGAGUACGGGUUAUGCCUACAUGUCUCUUCAUUCUAUUGAGAUUCACUCUGAGAGUGGACAAUGUUCUCUUCCGGACAUUUGAUUCACGGAUAUAUCACUCUUUCUCGUCCGAGCCCCCUCUCGUUGUACGAGAAAUUAGUGGCUGGGAGGCCCCUUACGAUCGGGUUAAACGGGUAUGUUUUUGGUUUUGUCGUGCACACGUCCCGACUGAUUGUCACCGGAUCGUAGCAACUGCCUAAGAGAGAUGACCUUACGCCGAUGACCGAUCCAAACUGGAUCGCUAAGGUACUUACUGGCAUGCCUUCUGAGGUAACUCAGCGAGCUGGUGCGGGGACGAAGUGGAGAGGAUUGGGAACAAAGCUUGAAAUUGCAGUGCUAAAGCCUUGAUGCGUAAAAGAUGUACACUAGUUUGAUGAUUUCGGACCCAGAGUAGAAUUAUUGUAUAUGUUUGUGAACUUGGGGCGACUAUUGUCUCCCUACGGUACAGUAGAGGCUGGAAAUGAGCAAGUCAUGUUAUUCAACGU